CUAUGAAUACAUUCGACUCGUUUGCUUCCAUCAAUUGGUAAGUGAGAAAGAUGAUUUCUCCCAUCACCACAGUGCGGAUUUCCACUUCUAUCACAGCAGCCAACAACAUCCGUUUUCCUGCAUCAGUAACCUCCAACCCCUGUUGGCAAUGCCGGGGGACAGCAUCAACAGCAGCAGCAGCAGAAUUUGACCAUGGUAUGGUAUUGCGAAGAACUUUCCCCAUUAGAGGUUCCGUGCUUCGCGCACAUUCAAAAAUCCUCUUCAGACACGAAAACUCAACGACAAGGAGGUAUUUAUCAACUUGCUCAGCUGAAUUACCACCCCGGAGGAACCCGAAUGCACUGAUUCCGUUGUAUAGUAGAAUGAAAAUAGGCGAGGUAAGCGAACGUAAUAUUUUAAUGUUCACAUUUUUAUCCGGAUCAUACAACUGCUAUGAAUACAUCCGACUCAAUCAAUCGGCGAAUGAGAAAGAUGAUUUCCCUCAUCACCACAUUGCUUAUUUCCACUUCUGUCACACCAGCCAACAGCAUCAGCUUUCCCGCAGCAGUAUCCUUUAAGUCCAGGGUGCUAUUCCGGGGAACAGCAUCAACAGCAACAGCAGCAGGACCUGGCCAUCGAUAGUAUUUCGAGCAAUUUUCCCCAUCGGAGAUCCCGUGCUUCACGCACAUUGAAGAAUCCUCCUCAGCCACAUAUCUGUGUCAUCAAGGGCAAGGAGGUAUUCAUCAAUGUACUCAGUCGGAUUUGAAUCGUCAAUCCAGACAACCCGGAUGCACCGAUUCCAUUAUAUACCUUAUUUUUAUUAUACAUGGAUUUUUAUUAUUUUUUUUUUCAAUAAAAUGAUUAAAAUCGA